UACGUGAUGUAUCACAGUUGAUUAAGUUCAAAAUGUUUAUUUACUUAGUUUUAUUAUUAAUCAUAUAUACAGCGUAUUUGCUUAAUGGAUGGUUGAAAAAAACGUUCACGGUUUUUGAAAACCGUGGAGUGCCGCAUAAGAAACCGGUGCCGUUUAUAGGAAAUGCGUUGGAUUUUUUAAAAGGAAAAGAAUCUCUGCAUAAAAUUAUGAUCAGAUUGUAUAGACAAACUAAGCAGCACAAAAUAUAUGGAUACUACAAUUUUAGUCAAGCGUUUUUUAUUGUCAACGAUCCUGAACUGAUAAUAAAAUUAGGUGUCAAGGAUUCUGACACAUUCGCAAACCAUCAACGUUUAUUCAAUGCAGACAAAGAUCCAUUGUUUAGCGGCAUGUUAACUGUGAUGAGAGAUCAACGUUGGAAAAAUAUGCGUAACACUCUCACUCCAGUCUUCACAGCCUCUAAAAUGCGAGCCAUGUUCACGCUCAUGAAUGAUUGUUUUGCCGAAAGUAUAAAAUACUUACAUAAACGCUUAGAUGGUGGGAAUAGUGUCGACAUUAAUAUGAAAGAAUGUUUCUCCCGAUUAUCGAACGAUCUGAUUGCAACUACAGCUUUUGGUCUAAAAGUUAACUCCUUCAUUGAUGAAAAUAAUGAAUUUUACACAAUUGGAAGUUCUAUCACAAAAACCAAAGGUUUGCAAGCUCUUAAAUUUAUGUUGUACAGUUUAUCACCAAAACUAUUUGAUUUAUUAGGUUUAAAACCGUUUGAUAAAAAACGAGCUGAUUAUUUUGUAAACUUAGUCUCAAACGCAAUGAAAUAUCGUGAGGAAAACAAUAUACAUCGCCCUGAUAUGAUACAAUUAAUGAUGGAAGUAAAGAAAGAUUCCCCUUAUAAUUGGUCUCAUGAGGAAAUUGUAGCCCAAUGUUUUAUUUUCUUCUUCGCUGCUUUUGAAAACAAUGCCAGUUUUAUUUGCACAACCUGUCAUGAAUUAAUGAAUAAUCCUGAUGUACAAGCAAAACUCUACGAAGAAAUAAUGGAAUUCGAUAAAAAGUUAAAUGGUGAAACGUUGAGUUAUGACACUCUUAAGGAUAUGAAAUAUUUAAAUAUGGUUGUGUCUGAAUCGUUACGUAAAUGGACUUUAGCUGCCUUGACUGAUCGUGAAUGUAGCAGUGAUUAUGAUGUUACAGACGAUGAGGGUAAUUUAAUAUGUAAAUUAAAACAAGGCGACCGUAUAUGGUUCCAAAUUGUUGGCAUACAUUGGGAUGAUGAGUACUAUCCCAACCCUGAAACUUUUGACCCGGAACGAUUUAAUGAUGAAAACAAAGCUAAUAUGAAAUCAAUGACAUAUUUACCAUUUGGCGUGGGACCUAGAAUUUGUAUAGGUAAUCGUUACGCUUUAAUGCAAGCCAAAGCUAUGAUAUACUAUUUGCUUAAAGAGUUUAAGCUUGAACGUUCUGAGAAGACUUGUAAUAAUCUUUUAGAUGAUUUGCGCGGUUUUCAGGUAUCACCCAAAAGUGGUUUUUGGCUGAAAUUAGUACAACGAACGAAAUAGAUUUAUAUAAAAAAUUUAUAUAUAUAAGUCUUUU